AUGACGUGGUGCUCUGAGAAGCGUGGAGAUGAUUUUCACUGGGUCACUGAGUUGUACAGGAGACUUAGGUUGCCAAUCACCACUGCUGUUUUGACCGCAUUGAGGAAAGCUUCGACUGAAAGGAUAAAGGCCCUGAGAAGGAAACAGUCUGAAGAAGGGAAGAAGAAGAGAAUUUCACAGAAAGUAGCCAGAAGAGAAGAUCAAGAAGAAAGAAGACGGUGGACAAAACGCCUGGCUCUCACUCACACUUAUGGAAGUGAUGAUGAUGAUAAUGAUGACAGUCAAACAGGGGAAGUUGAAAGUGAAGUUUUGCUGGCUGCUGAACGAGUUGUUUCGGGGAAUGGAAGUUCAAUCGUAAGUGGUAGGAGAUGUAGAUGUGGAUCACAGAGCCACCAGCGUACAAGUCACCACUCUUGCCCACAGAAUAAGAGAAAUAAAGCUGGCAAGGUUGUUUCUAAUCGAGAUGAUGGUUCUGAUGAUGGUGAUGAUGGUGAUAAUGAUUCUGUUGAUGAUGGUGAGAAUGAUUCUGUUGAUAGUGAUGAUAUUGAAGAAGUCUCUGUUGAUAGUGAUGACAGUGAAGAAGUCUCUGUUGAUAGUGAUGACAGUGAGAAAGAUUAUGAUGGUGGUGAUAAUAGUGAGGACGUUUUCAGUGAUGAUGAUUAA